AUGGAGAGGAUAUUCGCAUCCGCCGUGACUGCGCCUACUCGGUCGUUGGUAGGUUCUGUGAAUUGCUCAGCCGAGCUCUGCUCUUCCACCUUAGGAGGUUCUUUUCCUUGAAUACGAAGAAGCCGUCCGAUUUCUAUCGUUCUCUCUUCAAUCAUCAAUCCAUUUUGGCUUGAAUGCUUCUUUUGAUGUUGCCUGUGUAUGAUCUGAGUCCCACUAUCAGUUGCUUGCUUCUCCCGGGUGGAAAUUGUCUACUGUCUGCUCUUCUGAGACUAUUUAAGAUAAUGCCUUUCCAUUUCCUCUGUGGUUUCUUUUGAGCUUUCCGUCCAUACGAAAGUCUUUUCAAUUCCGAAUCCUUUUACCUUCUUGUGUGACGGAGAUUGGAUAGCUAUGAAUCUAUCAGGGAUCUGGUCGAUGUUCUUCAGCCGAAUGGUUGCCACUGAUGAGUGUGUCCUGUCAUGCUCACUGCACAACUUAGUUGGCCAAUUCGGAGUUCCGUUUGAUAACGCUCUUGACGAGAAUGGUGCUGCAUGUACAAGUUGUCGUCUACCCCUUCGCCUAGCACUUAAUUAUAUUCCUGCAGCCGGUGAUCUCUUGUAAUGAUAUUUAAUAGCACCUAGAGAUUUCUUUCCCCACUUUCCGACUGCUUUUAAGCCUUCUAUUAGUCGGUGGCUGUAAAUCAACACUGUCAGUUUCGAAGCUGCUACUGAUUUCAUCAGUUGGCUUGAUUUUACCAUACUUUAGCAACAAUGCAGUGACGUCUAUGAGGGGGCUCAUAUUCGUCUCCAGCGAUGUAUUGCUUGCCGCGAGAUCCCUACAAUAUUUAGAUUGCGCGCAACAAUUCAGAGUAUUGGUAUCUGGCAGAAAAUCUUAUGUAGUUCUAGGGGAUUCAUCGGGAUAUUUUGCAUCGUGGGGCAGCUCAUCCCCACUUUGAACCGUCUUUGCCAUUUUGCGUUUGUUCGAUCCUCCCUGUCCGAAGAGAAUUGGCACUGGUCCACAAGGAGUUCCUAGUACACUAUGUUCCUGAAUAAUCCGACAUAUCUUCUAGGUAUGGGCAAAUACAUCUACUAUUCCUUAUGUCACUCUUAUAGGUGGAGAUGGUCGACGGGGUUUAGGCGCUCGCCUCGUGAGUUAGGCGUUGGGGUAGCGACCCCUGUCCCCCGAGCAACUUUGUCGUUCCGCGGGACUGUUAGAUAGCACACUUCUACAUUUACUAUGUCCGUGUAUGUCAGAGUUCAGAAUGCAAUAUUUUCUAAAAGGUUAUAAAUCGCAGACAGACACAACAAAAACAAGAGUUGACGCAUUCAAAUGUCUGGGAAGAUGCAGGCAACAGAAAUUUAAGCGCAUGCUUCGAGACGUCAGAAAACGGAAAUCUAAGACAAUGCCUCGAAACUUUAGUCAACAGAAAUACGAGCGAAUGGUUUGGUAAAGAGUAAAUUAAUGUCUAGACUUUUAAGUCUGACCAAGCCUUUGUAGAAUUGGUUCUAGGCGCUUCGUUUGCAAGAAGAUCGGUUUCUCUGGGCUCGCUGGUUGUAGACGAAGUCCACGUUCUGCGAAAGUCAUGUUGUUAAUAGUCCACCAUAAGAAUAUUGCUAUUUCAAAUAAAAUUUUUAAUUGCAGUUGGCCACAGGGGCUUCCAGUGUUCCAAAAUCUCAAGGAAUAUAAUCCCCUCGAAGGACGAAAAUUUGAAACAAAAUUCAAACGAGAGAUUCCAAAAAGACUUAUGACAGGUUUCAAAAGAGCGAUCGCGCAAAAAGGCAUAAAGUGGGGGUGGGGGCUAAGUAUUUGGUUGUCCAUUGACGAUUGAGCUUCCGGAAUACUUGAGGUUGCGCAACCAACCAAAAAAAUCUUCAGUCUGUUAAGAUGAGAAAUUUCUGAUACAGCAUAAAUGGAGGUCCUUCUUCGUUCUGACAUAGUCAACGACCGACUUUUGUACUGUAAGACGCAUUCAGCUCCAUCUAGCUAGCCGUAUGCCAAUUAUCUGAUCCCUAUGUAAAAUGAAGUACUAGUGUCAGAUAAGAAAGCAUUCCAGUCACAGCCAAGGAUGAACUGAAGCACCUUGUUUGCCACAUCCAUGAAGAUUGACAAAGAUCCAGAUAGACUGCCCAUAAAACCAUAAGAAAAUCCUAAAAGGAGAUAAAGCAGGGGCGAAACUUAAACUGGAGGUAAAUAUAAUUAUGUACAGAAAUGCACUAUGCAUUAAGCGGGAAUAUUGGAUGAGCCUAUUGGGUUUAAAUGAACUGAAAUUCACGCGGAAGGGGUAAAAGAAGUUUUGGAGGGCCGUUGCGUCCCUCUUUGCGCCGGGUUGUUCUGGACUGGGAUAUCAGACGUGGUCGCUGGCCCAGACACGUGUAGUUAGUUUUUUUGUGGUAUUGAGUAAAUGUAUAUUUUUAAGCUAUCUGGGUAGUCCUUUAGUAACUGUCAAACACAUUUCAGAUGUCACAUUCUCUGUCUUAUGUAGAUAGUUUUGCUUUCGGACAACGGUCACGUAUGCCGGAAUAUACUUGAUCUGACAUUAUUAUUACUUCGAUAAGUACCAGUGGUGCUCUGUUAGUCCAUGCGGAGGAGUAAAUACUCCCCCUGAUGACAUCACGCUUGCGAAAUACCUGCGGCUAGUUUUGUAACUGGCUGACUCUUGCCAGUAGUCUCUGCAGACACAAUCUGUCCAGCAGUCUUUUCGGACGAUUGGUGUCGAUGGAUGGAAUGUGACAGCAAGACUGUUACUCGUUAAUGCUGUGACCAGUCUGCCAAUCCAAUCACUAACUGCACACAAGAAUGCGAAUCUGCGCCGUUAAUGCAAAUCUCAAUAAAGGCUAGUACAUUGUUAUCAGCACCAGGCGUGCAGGCAUCUCACGUUCCGAUAAGGGGACUUGCUGAGUUCAAUAGGCUGCGAACUCCAGAAUUGCUCCUGCGUGAUGCAUGCACACAUGGGCGACUCAUGCAUCAUCGCGGCUUAGUUACCCGCACAGGUACUGAUGCCUCAGAAGAUAAGAAGAGAAUCAGGUGGACCGCCACAGUAAUUCGAGUUGCUAGCCAUUAACAACUGCCUAACCAGGGCAGUUUUUGAGGUGUCCCGCAUGUAUUCACUGAAGUGUGCGGGAAACAGCUUUCCUUGUCUGUUGUUGACUGGAUUGCAUCGUACAGUUGACCAGUCUGCUUCUCUAAACAGUGUAACUCCACUAGUUUACAAUCCGUAUCCUGUUACCUAAUACAGUUCAGUACACCUUUGACAGUCGUACUUUCGCGUCUGUGGACAACAUCAGAGAACCAAACCCCAACUGGUCAGUGUCGCAUGAACGUGCGCAGGCACCGGAAGUGUCUUGCUGUUAGUAGUGGUUGAGCAGCACAUAAGACGUGCAUACUGGUCAUCGUUUUCGUCAUGUCCAUAGAGCCAAUCUCCUGUUGGACAAGUUGGUGAAAAACAAUAUUCUUACCUUUCCCACAGAACUGACGCAUCUUUUUGUUUUCGGCUUUUGUGUAGAACUUAAGUAUGGUCACGCUGAUAGUGACACUUGGGGAGAAGCACCCAUCAUCGCAGACAUAGAACCAGACUUAGCCACCAUUUCACUCUAAUUCUGUAGAGACAAAAACAGUUUUUGCUUUUGUUAUUUUUCAUCUUCAUAACGUUCUUGUGUCAUUUUGCCUGUUUUUGUUUAAUUAAACGUUUUUCCCUUCCAGAACGUUUUUCAUGACUCACACCAAUCUGUUGACUUAAAGCAGCCUCAUACUCUAGACUGGGGGGCAGUGUUGCUGGAAAGCAAGGCGCGAUUUGUAGUUCAAAUGCUCGCGGCGAUUAGGAUAGCUGAGACGGGCACAAGGGAGGACGUCGAAAAUUUCUUAUUUACCGAAGGUGCUAUCAAGCGUGAUGUGGAUAAUAACACCCUCCUUCAUUACGCGUGCCUUGCGGGUAAUUUGGACUCAGUCGUGGCGCUAAUAAAUGGUGGCUACUAUGUAAAUGCGCCAAACGUCGAAGGACACACACCCAUAUGCGAUGCUGCGAUUCAUGGGUCUCCCGACGUCAUCAGAUACUUAAUUCAAAAUGGUGCCAAUGUAAAUCCACCCGCUUAUUGGGGCUCUCCUCUAAAUUAUGCCGUUCGAAAUGGUAACUGUCAAAUACGAUUAACUCUACACGGAAAUUUUUAGGACGAUUUCACGCCUUGGUCCUCCUUAUUAAUGGUGGAGCUGACAUUAAUGCAUGUGACCGCACUGGCUUUUGCGCUAUCCACGUCGCUGUGGAAAAUAAACUUUAUGACGCCGCGGAGUACCUUCUCAUGUCCGGUGAGUCUGAGCGUCACCUCUGUUCAUUUUACGUAAUUUUUGUACUCUUUAAUUUGCUUCCCGUUUCUGAUUGCUUAGAUUACGAGUAAUGUUUCUGUUCGAGGGCCGUCAGGGAGGGCGUUCGUUGAUUAUCUUGAUCGCAGAGUGGGAUACGGUAGUUCUGUUCCUCCGUAGCGCCGUAUCCUUGAGCUACUGCUGGCGAUUACCUAAUAGCUAUAUUCAUCGUUGUAGGAGGUAAUGCGUCCAAUACGGAAAACUUUCAUGAGGAGCAUAAUCGAGGUCGGCUAGUUCGGGACUGAUGACAACCCUAUCAAGUGUUAAGUUAAUAUCGAGCGGCUGCUUGCGUGUCGACGAGAAAAUCAUGAUCAAAAAAUAUUACUGGUAAGAAAGAAAGGGGCUGAAACUAUAAUUCAUAGCUUAAUUAUUGGUAGCCAGCCAGCCAACAACUACCUGGCCGGAGAGACUUACAAUUUGAAGUUGCACUCAAUUGGUCGCUGAACCAGAUAUUCUAUCAGCCGAACUACGUCACAUUCUCUGUCAGCUGGGAUCAGGGGUUGAAAAAGUCGCACGAGACAUGCGUCUGCAGAUCUAACCUGAUCUCACGAUUAGAUCGGCCUUGCAUUCUGCUCUGGGACUCUGGUCUAGUACCUUAGAAGGUCGCCACAACGGAGUGCAACACAGAAUCCAGAAGUGUUGCCGAUAAGGACAAAGAAGGCUGAAAUGGCUUUUCCGGCCGCCGAUGCAUGCAAUAAGGCUAGUUCCACGUAUCACCGCAAAACCUGGGCUUCUCCACCCCUGUUCCUGUCUCUGACAAUGGUUUCGAGUGUGGAACCGAAACGUCUGACUCAUUAAUACCAUCUUCGGGCAGUAGAGUCCAUUACCACCUCAUUUCUGAGUCAAUUACUACCGUCAGCCCAACCAAAGAUCGUAAAUCUUCCUCCUAGCAAUAGACCACUUUGUCUAGUAACAUAUACAGGGUCUUGUUAGCACUUACUUUUUGAGUGUUCACCUACAGGCGUCAAUCAGACACCAGGAUCCUGGCUCAUGUCGUUAUAAGGCCUGAUAAUGUUUCGUGAGCCUUUUGCUAAGCCAGAUUACUGUAAGCUCCCACAUUUCAAGCCCUUCCAGAAGUUCUUGCCUCAUUGAAGAACCGACAGGCUUUCUCUCAUUCCGCAACAGCCUCAAAAUUUAAUGGCUGAUGCCGAGGAGACUACAAAGUCUCAAGGCGUCUACGCGUGACAUAAUGCCAUUCAUCCCUGAAGCAGUUGCUUCAUCUUUAUGUUGCUGCACACUGACCAACCAACUCGUCUUUCUCUUAUGUCCAGGUGCUGAUCCCAAUCGGCGAGUGAGGUUGACUACCCCUCUCCACAUGGCAGCCAAGCAGCAGGAUUUGCGCCUUGUUCGUCUGCUGCUGAGUCACGGCGCCAGCCCAUAUCCUGCUGAUGCAGAUGGUUUAAAACCGCUUGACUACUCUCCCAAGGGUAGCGAUGUCCACCGCCUCAUCAGUUCACACAUGGGUAUGUGUUGGCCGUUUUCUUCCUUCCUUGGUCAUAUAUGGGGCUUCAUUGUGUACUCAGUCACACCGAAUGCCUAGGCGCACGAGAUGGUCUCUCAUUUCUGGCCCCCAUCUGACACCAGCCCUCAACUGUAGAUCCGUCGGACUGCCAGACGCAGCAGCCACACUCCUGUUGCCGCCUUGACAGGUGAUUGAAGUCAAGUACAGGUUAGUCGUACCGGCCGUCACCUGGCGAAUCUUCGUACGUAAUUGGGAUUGGUCAGUAGUGAUGGACCAGUCAUAGGUCAGCCAUUAUGCCCGAGACCACCUCUUGUCACACUGACCUAGUUUCGCCGUUCGAAAUGAUGGGUAUGGGAAGAAAGAAUGAGGUUCUGUAACUCACCAGCAAGCAGGGUCCUCUCCCCCGGGACAGUAGUAACCAUUAUCAUAUUUGACGGACGAAAUUCAAUCCAGCGACCAUCUUGUGCAUUGUGGCUGUCGUAACUGAUUACACCACUGUCGCGGAAGGAGUGUUCGCUUUAUGUCGGAGAGGAACAAAUAUUAUGCCUGCAUCCAGAGUGGUGGCCUACUCAAACUUUCCUUAUGCAAUAAGCCAUGCAUAGGUCUUUCUGGUACAGUACUAUUAGUCAGCAAGAGGCUCAUUGAUUCUCAUUUUCGUGUGUAAAGCAGAUUGCCACGUUCGAAUGAAGUCACUGCUGUGAACCAACGCACACAUUGUAUGCCUCAUCAAAUAGACAGCCACUGGGCGAAUCAGACGUCUAAGCCCUUACCUUGUGCAAACUUUAAAAAGAUUGCAACAGUCACCGGCCAGCACUGAAACUGGACUUUGGUUCAGUAUCCAAGCCGCGGCGAGAUUCCUCCUUGUAGAGUGUUUUUACUUCUGUCAUGCGUAGGUAAAUAUGUUUUUUUCUCACGCUUCACAGCAAUCACAAAUUGCAUUCUAUGAUGUGGACAAUCGCUAAGUAGGCUGGGACGUGGUCAUGACAUUUUCCGAAUCUACUUUCUCCACUCUUUACCCAUUCAUUGUGUCCCAGUGGCAAGACAAGGGCAAGACGGUUGUAGAUGGGCAUGGGCACGUUGGCCAGAAAAUCGUUACUGUCUGUCUAGGCGUGCAGUACACGAUCUGAUCCAUAAUUCCACGCAUACCGAAUUCCAACCAAGAGGGGAACCUGAACUUCGGGCAGGCGAUGUGCUUUGCAGGUCAUUGCAGUCGAACCUCAGUCCUUAAUGGAACCGCCGAUAUCGUCAUUUGACAACCUUCCAGAUCAGCGCUGUUAAUUCUCGGUUGUAGUUUUAAAACAUGCUUUGUUAUGACGUGAAAAUCGCACACUGGCUCCAAGCUGCAUUUACCUCUUUCCUCCCAUUUGCCAGUGGUGUGCCCAAACCUGUCGUAUGACUGGUGAGGAAACUCGACACUGGCUAAUUUGGCAUGAAAUCCUCCGUCAACGCGUUACACGCAUAUGUCGAUCCCUUACCUCGCAUAGGCCGGGUUUAACCAGAAUAGAGGCACCUCACGGGAGUAAUAACUGUCAGCUUGAAGGAGUGACGAAGUCACUGUCACACUGUGAUGUCAUUCAGUGUUUCCACGACCCUUAAAAGGUACACGUGGAUCGUGGCGAUAUCCGUCGGACCAGUCCUAUGCAGUCGUGAAUGCCUGGCUGUGCGCCUGGAAGAUGAGCAAGAACUGGGGAGGGGUUUUACAACUUUUGCCUAAAAACAAUCCUGCGAGUACAGCACACGGAAUUCGUCUCGAAUGAGGCAGUUCACACUCGCUGCAGUAACAGGAUGCCACAGGCCUGUUCAAUAAAGUAGACUGGUGUGGUUUGGGUGCGUUCUUCGUCGUCUGUCCCAGGGAUUCAGUGUUAUUACAAUUUAUCCAACGACGCUGGCCACCUGUAGUCGACGGAGGGGGAAGCCAACUAGAAAGCUGGCCCAAGUUAUGGCGGUGGUUCUUGGACCUUCGGUCUUUGUCGCUAGUGAAGUGUGGGUCGUGAUCCACCGCCGAGGGCGCCCGCGUAGUAUAUGAUCACAGACGUACGUACCGAUAGAAGUACUGUUUGUCACUUUUAAUGCGAAGGUGCCAAUGAUCGUGACAAAUUUCGCCCGUAGAAUGGGAGCCUCACUGUCAUGAUACAACCGUUGAUUUCGUGUGGGAUGCCGGACAAUCGUUUCACGAUGUCAAUUUCCAUGGCAAAGUCGACUCCGGCGCCGCACCAAUCUCCCUUUGAACGUCCGCUCCAGGAGAGAUUGUAUUCCGCGCCUACUUCAUUCUGUUGUCCUUGCUCAGAGAGGCGGGUCAGCUCGCAUCGAACCAGUUCGUGGACCAUCGGAGCCGUCACCUCUAGUCGUUGUACGUUGGCUUAUCCAAAAGAGAGCGAACAGUCACUGUGGGGGAAGGGGGAGGGGCACAAGAAUUGUCGUUUCAAACAGUUUUUCGACCGCAUGUUUAAUACCCGUGAAUCAAGAUCGGUAUUUAAACAGUGAUUGCCAGCGCUUUUUAUCCAUUUCUCCGUAAGGCGGUAAGUAGUGUCUCCUUAGAUGGGGUUGCCUAGUCCUCCUUGCAGGGGGGGGGAUGAGGCGAAUUAAACUAUGGAUUACGGAUUUGGGUUAAUCGGAAAACGACCUGGAUCAGCCUGGUCUACCUACAGGAUUGCACGUUGCCCCCUGCGUAGGGUCUUUUGUUGAGGAUGGGGACCAGUUAACCGAUUAUCAGGUGUACAUAUGACAGUUCGACCGUCGGUUUCGACAAUGUCCACCGUGUGCCCUACAGUCAAGUGGAGCAGGGACGGUGACUUGUGCGUGAAUUAGUUUACAGUGAUAGUAGGCUUGCACGGCACCCACCGCACUCCCUCUUCCCAUUCCUCACCUGGACCCUGUGUCAAGACAGAAUCAAGAAGACCGGAGGCUGGGGAGGGCGCAGGUGGAUGACGCGGUCGAGCCCACGCCUUGCCGUUCCACUCCACACCCCCUGGUCCACACAGAAAAUGACCAGGUUUUGACCAACAACAACAACAACACCUCAACAGGAGCCACAAAGACGAGGAUGAUGACUGGGCGGUCAUGCCCACCACCUGUAUACCCAGCGGGAGCGCAAGCGCAUCGGCCGGCAGGGAACAGCCAGCGUAGACCAGGCUGCGAGGUUUGCCGAUACUGACAUAGCACGCGCUUUCAGACCUUUUGACCUAAAAAGGGCGACACGUGGUCUUGCAUUUAGCCAGGGCCGUCACCCUUCAAGGUUAGGUAUAGGUAGCCAAACAGUCGUCGACUGAGAGGCACUACCCAUAAAGCACAAACACACUCCUCACAUGCAUGAGAGUGUCACAGAUCGCCUGAGAAGGGGCCGUUACAGCCUGGCUCUCAGCCCGCCGCUCCACACAACACACACUACUGGGCAAGUGUGCAUAUACACCUCAAAUGUCAUCAUCUGCUUUAGUUUGCCGACCAUGUACAAUCAAUUUGGUGUGGCCGCCUUUACAGAACACGGCCUCCUAGAGCCACAGAUGGGAGCAGGGUGGUCGAGCAGGGCGAUUUAGAGGUGUCCACCAGGUUCAUUUGCGUGUUUGGUGGGAAUCGCCGAUACACUGCCGUGGAAUGGCGAACCGGACUUACUGAUGAAUUAGAGGUCACCGCAAACAACCAGAACUUGAGUUUAUGCCUAUGACAUUCAAACGUGUAUGUAAAGUUUCGAAAUUCUUUUCCUAGGCUGGGUUCCUUCUCUUCAAUUCCUCACGCGAAUUGCCAUCAAGGGUUUUUUGCCAUCCUUCCGACAGGAAAACAUUCGGAAACUACCCCUACCGCAGCAUCUUCGUGACUAUCUAACCUUUAAGUUUUGA